AGUGAUUUUUUGUCAUUCCAUUGAAAAUGGCGGAAGGAGACACGAUAUUUGCGAAGAUCAUUCGCAAGGAAAUUCCUUCAGAAUUCCUGCACGAAGAUGACCAGUGUAUUGCAAUCAGAGACAUCAAUCCCCAGGCCCCAACACAUGUUCUCGUGAUUCCAAAGAAGCCUAUCGCACAGCUGUCCAAAGCUGACGACGAAGAUGAGCAGCUUCUUGGCCAUUUGUUGAUAGUUGCCAAAAAAGUUGCCAACAAAUUAUCUCUUGGUAAUGGUUAUCGUAUCAUCAUUAACGAUGGCCCUGAUGGAGGACAAGAAGUCAUGCAUAUUCAUAUCCAUGUCCUAGGAGGAAGGAAGAUGAAAUGGCCCCCAGGUUAAAAUGUUAUYAGGGUACAGGUUAGAUGUCACUCAACUGAUGGAAUGACCGAUUCAUUUGCUUGACUAAAAAAGCAAAGCAGAAGUUCUUAGUUUUAGUAGCAAUGGAUGUACUAUGUUGUUUAAUGUAAUAAAAGAGACAUUGCUUCACAAA